AUGUCACUACCCAAAUACCAAAAUAAGCCCUUCAAACCACCUCGGAGACUAAUAUCGGCUCAAGCAAACUCCAACUCACCAUUAAAUAGUACCAAACGACUCCCCAGUGACAACUUUGCCAAUGAAACCACAUCCAAGAGAAUAAAAGUACCGCCAUCCAAGGAACCGGUAACAACAAGUAAUACCGGAGGCGAUAAUGGCACCAAGUGUUUUACAAUAAUGUAUCGGAAACCGUCAAUGAAAAAACACAAGACAUGGGAUAAUGACGGAUAUGCACAGCUUAGGACAUCCAACAACCUUAUCCUCUUUAAUGAUGCUGGGACUAAGAUUGGUAAUCGUCACCUUACGAAUGAUUCUGAGUUAUGUGAUUUUAUUUUUAAAGCUGGAUCAUGGGAAGUUCAAGUGGAUUAUGAAUUAUCGGACCCUAAAGAGUUACAAAGGGUCCGUUCUUUAUUAUGCAAAAAUAAUCAAGCAACAGUUACUCCCCCAUCUUCUGCUAGGACUAACGGUAAUGCUAUCACUAAGUCAGUUACACAAAAUAAGAUUCCAGUUUCUCAGUUAUUUAAUUCGCAAACUGUAACAAAAUUUAAAACAAUAAUGAAGAAAUCUGAUGCUCAUACCCCACUAUCCUCCUCUAAACAAAAUGAAAUUACUUCUAAGAAAAAGAAAUAUCAACCAGUGUUUGAUGUAUCAAAGAUAGAAAACCCCAUCAUUAUGAACAAGUGGAGGGAUGCCGACGUUGAUGUCAUAGUAGAUCCAUUAUUGGGGAAAUUAUUGAGACCACAUCAAAGAGAGGGUGUAAAGUUCAUGUAUGAUUGCGUAAUGGGUCUAGCGACCAAUCAUCAAGAAACAGAUGAAGAUAAUACAGGGAAAUCUUUGAUCUUGGAGAAGGAUUCUGAUAUUGGUGGAUGUCUAUUAGCAGAUGAAAUGGGAUUGGGCAAAACAUUGAUGACCAUAACAUUAAUAUGGACACUUUUGAAACAAUCACCAAGUUUGAAAAACAUUGCCUGUUCACAAUCUGGCGUACCAUUACAUGGACUAUGUAGGAAAAUAUUGGUAGUCUGUCCAGUGACGCUUAUUGGUAAUUGGAAAAGAGAGUUUGCAAAAUGGUUGAAUUUAAAUAGAAUUGGAAUACUCACUUUAAGCUCCCGAAAUACUCCGGAAAUGGAUAAAACCGCCGUAAAGAAUUUCCUCCGAGUUCAAAGGACAUUCCAGGUUCUAGUGAUAGGUUAUGAAAAAUUAUUAAGUGUUUCUGAAGAACUACACGGCUCAAGAGACUUGAUUGAUUUGCUUAUCUGUGAUGAAGGGCAUAGGUUGAAAAACGGGUCUUCCAAGGUAUUAAAUGUAUUGAAAAAUCUUGAAAUUAAAAGGAAAAUUCUUCUUUCAGGUACUCCUAUUCAAAAUGAUCUCAAUGAAUUCUAUACUAUAAUUGAUUUCCUUAACCCUGGAAUUCUUGGAUCAUAUCCUUAUUUCAAGAAAAGGUUCAUAGCGCCUAUUACGAGAGGAAGGGACACAGAAAAUAGACACAAUGAAGAUAUUAUCGAACUUGGUGAGGGUAGAUCAAAGGAAAUGAUUGAUAUAACAAGAAAAUUUACCUUAAGAAGAACAAAUGCUAUUCUCAGUAAAUAUUUGCCCCCCAAAACGGAUAUCAUUCUAUUUUGCAAGCCGACACAAUCACAACUUUUGGCCUUUAAUGAUAUCCUGAGUAGAUCAAGGAUAGAUUUUGCCAAUCUAUCUUUUAAUUCAUCAUUGGGGCUCAUUACCCUUUUCAAGAAAAUUUGCAACUCCCCAACAUUAAUUGGUGAUGAUAGUUACUACCAGUCAAAGAUUAGACCUGAUGGUGUAAUCCAGGAAAGGUAUGAUCGUUCUUUAAAUUCUGGAAAAUUAAAAAUCCUAAUGACACUUUUAGAAAAAAUUAAAGGUAAUACCAACAAUGAGAAAGUUGUCAUCGUUUCCAACUAUACACAAACCCUUGAUAUAAUCCAAAAUCUAAUGAAUUCAGCACAAAUGGUAUCUUGCCGAUUAGAUGGUUCAACGCCAGCGAAACAAAGAGAUUCCAUAGUGAAUACAUUUAAUAGAAAUCCCUCUAUUUUUGCGUUCUUAUUAAGUGCGAAAUCAGGUGGGGUAGGUUUGAAUUUAAUAGGUGCGUCUCGUCUAAUUCUUUUUGAUAAUGACUGGAACCCAUCCAUUGACUUGCAAGCUAUGUCUAGAAUCCAUAGAGAUGGACAGAAAAAGCAUUGUUAUAUAUAUAGAUUAAUAACAACAGGAUGCAUAGAUGAAAAGAUUCUGCAGCGACAAUUAAUGAAACAUAGUUUGAGCAAAAAAUUUCUAGAUUCAUCAUACACGACCGGAAAGACGGGAUCUAAUGAUGACUUAUUUACUAAAGAAGAUUUGAAAGAUUUAUUCACCAUUAUGGAAACCACUAAGAGUAAUACUCAUGAUUUAAUUUGUGACUGUGAGGGUACAGGUAAAAGCGUGUCACUUAAUGAAAUAGCUCAUCCAAAGAAGAAGAAUUUAGAGAAAAGGCGUAACAGCUGGACCAAUGCCUUGCAAUUAUCACAGGUAAUGGAGGAUGAUGAGAUGAAGAAUAUGCAACAGAAAACAAAUCUAAUGAAAGAAUGUUUCGUCGGUUAUAAACAUAUUGACCCUCUGAAAACAAAUGAAUUGGCUGACAAUGUGACUUCGAAUACGUUAAAAACUAUGAAAGAAUGGAUAACAUUUGCCUUUAUAAAUGAUGAAAAAGUUGAUAGUACAAAGGAGGAUAUCAUAAUUCUAGAUUAA